GGAGCGGAUCUCGUUCCCCGACAUGCCUCCGAUCCCCUCACGGGCGCACUCGCCACGAUCUCGAUUUCUUGAUCCAUCCCUAAACCUACACGACCCGCUUACUCUUCACACCUAAUCUCUCGCGUCGCCCGUUCGUUCUUGUCUGGAUCCUUUUUCUUGUUCGUGGUCUCUUGCUUCCUCUCCCAUUCCUUCGAGGUUUUAGGGUUUGGGGGGCGGGCGAAUCGGGGUCGCAGGUUGCGACUUCGAGUUCGAUCCUAAGGGUUUUUAAUCUGGCUGCGGCCGCGUGAUUUUACUGGAUCCGUGGGCUACGAUUCUUACGUCGCUUGUUGCAGCAGGAGGGCUGUUUCUCCGCCCACGAACCACUGAUGGUCCCCAGCUUAUGGAAGAUGCCCGAUCAUGUUUAUACUUCAACUUAGAGUUUUCUAUCUAUCUGUAGUAGAUGCAGCACUGUGAACAAAUGGAUCUGUAGGGUAAUAUCAAUUCUACUUCAAUACCCAUGAUCUUUCACAAGUUAGAGGAUCAGGUAGCCUGUCUUCUUCAAGUUUUGUUGCAGAAGUGACUGCAAAUCACACACUUUCUUAGUCUAUGGAUAUCAUUGAGAUUGAUUCCACAGAUAGUGAAGAUGAUUUUGAGAUUGGAUCUGUUUCAUCAGAGAAAUCCUUUGCUGAUGGCAUUAUGGAUAAAUGGGGACAUAAUUCACAAGGGAUCUCUAAUCAGAACAGUGAUGCGUCUGCGAAGUUCCCGACUCAUUCUAGUGAUAAUAAUGAUUGUGGAACAUCGAUGCCACAAUCUACUGCAGGUUCCACAUCAUUUACUAAAACAUCUGGUGCUAGUACGGGAAACCAUGUCAGAAGCAAUGGGAUAGGAGAAGUAAGACUUGCAGAUCAUGAAAGGCUAGUUGAUACUGGAAGAAAGUUAGAUGUUAUGGACGGACACAAUCUUCAUGAAAAUCUGUACAAUGUUGUUCCUAAAAGAUCUCUUCCAGCAUCUUUUCUUUCGUCUGUGAACAGAACUGCACCAAAAGGUUCUUCAGACGUGAAAGACAGAAGUCAGAUUUAUAAUAAAGAAAAAAUGCAUGCUUCUAUAAGACCUGAUUAUGAUGGCAUGAUGAAUGUUGCACUUAAGAGAAAUGGUGAGACUGACACAAGUAAAAAUGGACAUAGGAUUUUACCUUCAUCUUUUGCUGGAGGAGAUGCAGUUGAUGCUUUAGCUAAAUUUCAACCACCAACGUUUGUGGAUGAAAAGUUCCAUAACAUGCCAAAAGCUUCAGUGGAGAGUAGAGAUGCUUUGCAUAUUCUUGGAAAUGUCAUCACAAAUAGGAUGUUGCCUUCAACAUUGUUAUAUGGAAAAUCGGUCAACAAUUUGCAGCCGCCUGGCACCAGUGAUGGACAAAAGCACUUGGGCCUAGUAGACGAUAGGCGCAUUGAACAUGAUGAGAGGCAUAUAUAUCAGGAAGCAUUGCAGAAUCUUGGUCAACCAAGAUUAGAAGAUGACCUGCCUGAGGGGCUUCUGGCUGUUCCUCUCUUAAAGCACCAGAAAAUAGCCUUAGCUUGGAUGGUUCAGAAGGAAAAAAGUACUCAUUGUUCUGGUGGAAUUCUUGCAGAUGAUCAGGGACUUGGUAAGACUAUAUCAAUGAUUGCUUUAAUACAGAAGCAAAUGUCUCAGCAGUCCAAAUUCAUGUCUGAUGAUUCCAACUGUGUAAAAUCUGAAGCCUUAAAUCUAGAUGAAGAUGAUGAUGGGGGUAGUGAAGUGGAUAAGACAAAGCUGUUAUCUGGUGACAAUGAUUAUAAAUGUGAGCAAGCGGCUAAUUCAAUUACGCACACUUCCCAUAAUGCCAGGCCAGCUGCAGGUACAUUGGUUGUAUGCCCUGCCAGUGUUCUUCGGCAAUGGGCUCGAGAGCUGGAAGAAAAAGUUCCAAAGAGUGCAGAGUUAUCUGUUCUUGUAUAUCAUGGAGGUUCACGGACAAAAUGUCCUGGUGACCUCACAAGAUACAAUGUUGUUCUUACCACAUACUCAAUUGUGACUAAUGAAGUGCCAAAACAGCGUAUAGCUGAUGAUGAUGAGGGAGAGCAGAAAAACCUUGACAAGUAUGGGUUAUCUUCAGAGUUCUCAUCCAACAAAAAAAGGAAGCAGCCUUCCAGUGGACAGAACAAGGUGAAGAAAAGAGGGAAAAGAUCGAAAGAUUCACAUCUCGAUGUUGACAGCGGCCCUCUUGCUAGAGUCAGGUGGUUUAGAGUGAUAUUAGAUGAAGCUCAAACCAUAAAGAAUCACAGAACUCAAGUGGCUAGAGCCUGCUGUGGUCUUCGAGCCAAAAGAAGAUGGUGCUUAUCAGGAACACCCAUGCAGAAUGCAAUUGAUGAUCUUUACAGUUAUUUCCGCUUCCUGAAGUAUGACCCUUAUUCUGUCUAUAGUUCCUUCUGUGCUUCUAUAAAAUAUCCGAUAUCUAAAAAUACAAGCAGUGGAUAUAGAAAACUUCAGGCUGUCCUCAAAGCUGUACUUCUUCGACGCACAAAAGGAACACUUAUUGACGGGGAGCCGAUUCUCAAGUUACCUCCAAAAUCAAUUUGCCUGAAAAAGGUAGAUUUUUCUCACGAGGAACGAGAAUUUUAUUUAAAGCUGGAGGCAGAUUCACGCCAACAGUUCAAGGCAUAUGCUGCUGCUGGAACCUUGAAACAAAACUAUGCGAGCAUUUUGUUGUUGCUUUUGCGACUUCGGCAGGCUUGUGAUCAUCCCUUUCUUGUCAAAGGAUUUAACUCGGACACUAUUGGAAAAUAUUCGUUUGAUAUGGCAAGGCAACUUCCUAGGGAGAUGCUGAUCAAUCUACUUAAUCAGUUGGAAGGUUCUUUAGCCAUUUGUGCUGUGUGCAGUGACCCACCAGAGGAUGCUGUUGUGGCAAUGUGUGGGCAUGUUUUCUGCUAUCAGUGUAUAUCUGAGCGUUUAACUGGUGAUGAGAACUUGUGUCCUGCACCUGGUUGUCGAGAUGUACUUGGUACUGAGUCCAUUUUCUCCCGAAGUACAUUAAAAAGUUGUAUAUCUGACAAUUUUGAUGAUGAAGCUUCGACUAGUUGUUCAUUUGAUGAUGGAUCAAUUGUCCAUAGUGGUUACAUCUCUUCCAAAAUCAGAGCAGCUCUAGAUAUACUAAAGUCAAUCUCUUGUCCAAGUUCUGAAGUACAUAAUCUCAUGAUAUGUGGUUCCAAGUCCGAUGCCAAUGCUUCUGAUCAUAUUUCCACUCUGUUAAACUCAAAUGCUGACAUGCCAGCCAAGGCUAUUGUUUUCUCCCAGUGGACCAGCAUGCUCGACUUACUGGAGCUUUCAUUGAAUGAGUGUCUUAUACAGUAUCGAAGGCUAGAUGGGACAAUGUCUCUCAUGUUACGAGACAAGGCUGUGAAAGACUUCAACACUGAUCCAGAGGUAACUGUUAUGCUCAUGUCACUUAAAGCAGGAAGCCUUGGCCUGAAUAUGGUGGCUGCUUGUCAUGUAAUUCUUCUUGAUCUUUGGUGGAAUCCAACUACUGAAGAUCAAGCAGUUGACCGAGCGCAUAGAAUUGGGCAGACUCGUCCUGUGACUGUUUCCCGAAUAACUAUUAAAGAUACAGUCGAAGAUCGGAUACUAGCUCUUCAGAGCACGUGUUCUAAAAGCUUCUCAGUGGUAAUCUCUGCUACCAAGCGGGCCUAAUCCACCGCAUCCCUGUCGGCAACUGUUCCCCGUGGAAACGAGAAGGCUGUGAAUCAAAUCAAAUAGACUCCCACUUAAAAAGGAGAAGGAAAAAAGUAACAAGAUCAUUGUUAGAGUCAGCACUGAACUCAGAAUCUGCUCUUUUACUUCACCGACAUCAAUUACUUAUAAAUGAAUUGUAAUGGAUCAACCACCUGCUUUUACUUGAUUGAACCUUUCGUGUCUCCGUUGAUCGUGAUUUGCUGUAAUGACAUGCUGAGUCAGUGCUGCAUGUGAUGAGAGUAGGCCGCUUCAUGAAAAAGAUGAGCAUCCACUUGCAGAGAGUCGAACCCUGAAAUUAAUUUGAUGUGAUGACUAUCUUGAUGAGUGAACACAA